CUAAGCGUUGUUUUGUUGUUGAAGUCUAAGUUGCAGGUCGUUUAGUCUCUCUCUCUCUCUCUCUGUCUCUGUGAGAGACUAAUAUUUUUCAUCUGCAAUUCUUUCUGUGAUUUUCUUUCUUUCCCUUUGUUACUAUUCCCAACAAGCCCAAGGGGGCAAAACUCACAUUCUAAAUGGACACAAUGUUGGUACCUCCAUGGCUAGAGCCAUUGCUAAACACUUCUUUCUUCUCAAUCUGCCGGACUCAUGGAGAUGCGGCUAGGAGUGAAUGCAACAUGUUUUGUCUAGACUGCAAUGGCGAUGCUUUUUGCUUUUAUUGCCGCUCUUCUAGGCACAAGGAUCAUCAAGUCAUUCAGAUAAGGAGAUCUUCAUAUCAUGAUGUGGUGAGGGUUUCAGAAAUUCAAAAGGUAUUGGACAUAAGUGGAGUUCAGACCUAUGUGAUAAACAGUGCCAGAGUUUUGUUUCUCAAUGAGAGGCCUCAGCCAAAAUCUGGGAAAGGGGUUUCACACAUUUGUGAAAUUUGUGGGAGGAGCCUUUUGGACACAUUUCGUUUCUGUUCACUUGGUUGUAAGCUUGUAGGAAUAAAGAGAAAUGGGGACACAAGCUUUGUAUUAGGGGCUAAGAAUGAAGAAGCAUUAAUGGAAAGGGAAGGUAUAGAAAGAAGACUAGUCUCAUCAAGGGAGGAAGAAGAAUUGCGGGGAGGGGCACAACAAGACAUUUACCCAUCCACACCUCCUCCACCUCCUUCAAACGCAAGAAGAAGAAAAGGCAUUCCUCAUAGGGCUCCCUUUGGAUCCUAACCAAUCGUACUUCAAAAACUUGUAGUACUUUAUUCAAUUAUUCAAAGUUCAAAAAACCCAACUUAUGUUACACGGUCCACCCUUUGGAAAUUGGGGGUCUCUUUCUUGAGAAAGUAUUGGGUAGCCUUCAGUGUGGGUUGUCCAAAAGACAAAAAAACCAAAACCCCCCAAAAAAAAAGUAUACAAGAAAGUUCUCUCUUUAGGGGAUGGGUCCCAAAACAACAAAUUCUCUCUUGUGAAGAAGCAAUAAUGCAGAAUUAUUAUUGAUAGUUGCAAGGUGUACAUGUCAUUAAGAAAAUAAAAGCUAGUCUUUGUGGAGUCCGUUUCAUAGUUUGCAAGGGGCCACAACCACAUGGGCCGUUUACAUAAAGAAACAGCAGCUUUUCAUUGUUUAAUACUCCAUGUAAUGUGCAAAUCAGCUUUGUAAGAAUGUUAACAAGUUUGGAAAAUUAUGUCCGUGUUUUCCUUUUC